UACAUCUUCGGCUUCCGAGCGGACGUCAAAGACAAUGUCCACUACGCGGAGGACGGCUCGGUCGUGUAUCCGGCCGGGCACAAUGUGGUGCUAUACUCACCCGACACGCGCACCCAGCGCCUCAUACCGGGCACACUGGAGAGCGAGGGCAUCACCGCCCUCUGCGUCUCCUCCAACAAAAAGCUGCUGGCCGUGGCGGAGCGCUCGGACAAGGCCAUGAUUAGCGUCUACGACAUGCAGACGCUGAAGCGGCGGAAGGUGCUCGUCUCCUCAGAUGCCGGCUCCAAGGAGUACGUGAGCCUGUCUUUCAGCGGCGAUGGCAAGAUGCUGAUCGGCCAGGGCGGUGCGCCCGAGUAUAACUUGGUGCUAUGGUUGUGGGAGAAGAGCAAGGUGGCCAGUGUGGUCAAAACCACCAACCAGCAAGGGGCGCCCAUGUACAGCUGCGACUUUUCGCACGGGGACUCCUCUCUGGUUGGCGUUAUCGGCCAGGGCAUCUUCAAGAUGUUUCGUAACGCCGACAGCGGUCUGAAGCAGGCCAACCCCAUCAUUGGCAAGCGGGACCCCUCCCUGGCGUCAUGUCAGGUGGGUUGCCAACGUGAGCGGCUGCUGCUGGGAAUGGCGGAUGGGGAGGUGCUGCUGCUGGAGGUGGGUUGCAUGUGUUUUCCAACCCCACCCCACCCCACCUCGCCGCCCCCGAACUCCCACCUCCCCAUAACCACCCGCAACCCGGAACCCCCAAUUUCCCAACCCCCUCCCCCCCCCGCUAUCCCGCGCUACCCCCAAUCCUCACCUCUACAGGGCACAGACCUGAAGGCCGCCUUCUCCUGCGACAACGGCCUGCCCGCCUGCUCCAUCGCCGUCUACUCCAAGGGCUUUGUGGUGGGACAGGACCAGGGCGUGGUGACCAUCUUUGAGCGAGACGACAAGGAGUUCUACCGCCGUGCGAGGGCCUUCACCAUCGAGGGGAAUCCCUGCAAAGUGCUUAAUUUGGCCAUCUCCCCGAAUGAGGAGCACCUGGUGGCCUCCCUGGACAACAACCAGGCCUACACGCUGAUGCUGAGUAACCAGGAGAUCAUGAAACACGACGAAAUGAACUUUGAGAUCCUGGGCACCCCCAACCACGCCGGUCCUGUGACGGGUUUGGACGUGUGCGUGCGUAAGGCCCUCAUCGCCUCGUGCUGCUCCACCGAUCGCUCUGUACGGCUGUGGAACUGGGUGGAUCGUACAUGCGAGCUGCACCGUACAUUUGCGGACGAGAUCUUCUCCAUCGCCAUACACCCCACGGGCCUUAUGAUUCUUGUGGGAUUCGCUGACAAGCUGCGUCUGAUGUCCGUGUUGAUGGAGGAUCUGAAGACCAUCAAAGAGCUGGGCAUCAAGGGGUGCAGGGAGUGCUGCUUCUCCACCGGCGGACAGUACUUUGCCGCCGUCAACGGCACCACCAUCUCCAUCUACAACACCUACACCUGCGAUAACGUGGGCAAUUUGAGGGGCCACAACGGCAAGGUACGUUGUCGUGUGGGCUCUAGUCAUUGA